AUGGUGGCAUGCUUCAUCGCUAAGACAAUGCAGCGAGAGUUCGGCAGCCCUGGUCAGCCUUCCGCAGAGGAGCUGCGAGACACCGUGAGUUUCGCCGACAACAGAAAUGUGGACGAAGCCUGCAUGAUUCCGCUGGCGGAGGCCAUGGACUCGCCUACCCGCUCUGCCCAGCUCGACACUGACGAGCUCUUCGGCACCGUCCCUGGACUCACCGAGGAGCGAUGGCUGGCUGAGCUGGAAAGAUACGGCGGCGUCUCGAACAACGUCGUCUACGAGUCCAACAGGCCGGCCUACGUGAGGACCUUCCUGAAACUGUGGAAGGCACGGGGCGAGAGGGACAUGCAUCUGUUCCUCUCCUGGUGCAUUGUCCAGACGGCGGCGCUGUUCUCAAACCGACUGCUGUUGGUCAACUUCUACGAUCGCGACAGGAGCACGGAAAUGUACCACGUUGCCUUCUGCCUUGGCAAGGCGUACCUGCUGAGCGGCAGCCAGAUGUUCCGCGAUUACUUCGAUGAGGAGCUGUUCUCGGAGCGGGCAAGCCGCGUGGCUCGUCGGAUGGUUGCCGAAACCCGAGAGGCUUUCUCGCGUCGCCUGAGCCAGUGGCCACAGAGGGACGCCAACCGCACCGCGGUCCAGAUCGGACACUUCAUCGACGUCGCCCUCGGGUACUUCGACCCGCGUUCUGGCCUGCAACUACCGAAGCAAACGCCGGUAGCUUUCUUCAGCCGGGGCGACUCUCUGGUCGAGAACUGGAAGUCAGUCGUCCUGAACCACGCUGACGUUCUGGACCGCUGGGAAGCCGCCGAACAGAUCGAGUUCGCCGAGUGGACCGUGCUGCUUCCAGGCCGCCAGCUGGCGGUACUCCCGUAUGCCUUCUCCUUCCCCUCGUUCGACGAGAGUGCCACGCGGUUCAUGAACCAAGGGGGUCUCGGCAACGACAUCGCUUCGGCGCUGAGUCAACUGUUUUUCCACAGCUACGCAGACUCCUUGGACGGCGAUGAGUCCUCCCUGCUGCAAUGCGCAGGCGCAAACGCUAGCGGUUCCGGCGACAGGCACACCACCCCGAAGCUCGGAGGCCUUGCUCUUCACACGCUGGCUCUCGAGGCCUCACUCGAGGCAUACCGUGCAGGUGGCGCCUCUGUCGACGACGAGUGCCUAGACGGCUUCGAGGAAUACGGCGCAGCCGCGAUGUUCUUUGUCGCCUCGUGCUACGCCCUCUGUCGGGGUGGCGGUGGCAUGAAGCCCUACAUCGGCGACGAAUACGACAAGCUGUUCGGCAACGUUGAAGGGUUCGCCGAAGCGUUCGGCUGCGAACCCGGUAGCCCCAUGAACCCCAUAGACAAAUGCGCCCUCGGGUGAAUUCCCGUUGUCAUCUGCCUGUGUGACGCGUGUGUUACCUGAUUGUUAUUGUUGAUUCUGAUAUAUUCGCAAUGCGGUUUUGGCACAAACUCUAAACUUUCUGCUGAAGAGUGCACUGAACACGCAUAUGUAGUUGAAUGUGGUAGGAUGUAAACAAACAUGGUUAUUAGGUGACCCUGAAUGAAGGGGCACACAUUAUAAUGCUUUGCCAAUAGAAAUGCGUGCAGCGAAUGCAGUUGAUGAUUGUUGAAGUUUAUUGGCGCAAGGGCCAGAUGUGUCCAAAGAGUGCCAAGGUGAUGAUAAUGACUUGUCAGUGGUAUGAAUAGUGAAUUAUAAGGUGUGAGUAAAACACAUGUGG